AAUGAGAGUAAACAUGGUAUCCUCCUCUAAUGAAUUAUGGGUUUGCUUCAUGGCAGUCUUGAUCAAGGGGCCAAACUCUCAGGAAGAAUGGCAUUUCAACUAUUGUUUGUUGAUAUGAUAAGGCUGGUAAAUAUGUGCUCAGAUGUCUGUGCUCUUGUCUACCUUCCAUUGGGACAGAUUUUGUCAUUAAUUUUUGCAGGUGUUGUGUAUUAGAAACAUCAUAAAUAAGUAAAUAAACUGUGGUUAUAUUUCUGCUUUCCUAAAUGGAUGGUUUAGGAAGGGGGAGAAGGGAGCAGCAGUAUUAAGAACUAGAAUUGAGAAUGCCUGCAAUCCGUAUGGUAAAGAAUGGAGAUGAGAAUGAGAGAGGACACAGAAAUGGGGUUAGACCUGACCCAUCCACUCCCACCCCUAGCCUCCUCUCUCCACGACUCUCACCUUCGCUCUCACUGCUCCGCCUGUUUCUCACCUCUACCGCCCACUGUUCUCGUCAAUACCAACCCUAGUUCCUCCUUUCUCUGCUACUGCUCUCCACCAUGCUCCGCCUCCGACUCCCCCCUCCACUUCUCCAGCGCCGAGCACCACCUCUUCCUCCUCCUCCGCCAUUCCCACCCCUCCACCGCUCACUCCUCCGACCUCCGUGCUGCCCUCCGCCUCCUCCACAUCCUCCACCUCCCUCCCCUCCAUACCCAACCGCUCCAUCGAAUCUGCGGCCUACUCACCAACCUCCACCACCUCAUCUCACCCUCCCACAACUCGGAAAGUGAUGAGACUCUGACGAGAAUCCGAGACGGCGGCAAGGCCAUGGCCGUUGCCCGAUGUAUGCGAGAUGGUACGGAAUUCUCCGGGGACUCCAAACUGGAGGAGGCCCUGCUCUGCCUGGUCCUCACCAAUGCAGUUGAAGUGCAGGUUAAUGGAGGGUCCGCCCUAGGGAUAGCCGUCUACGAUUGGUGCUUCUCUUGGAUCAAUCACAGCUGUUCUCCCAAUGCUUGUUACCGUUUCUUGCUCCGUUCACCUGAGACGCCCCAGUUUUCUGGCGAGUCGAGGCUCCAGAUUAUCCCUGGAGGCAAUGAUGAAAUUGAAAUACAGAAUGCUGUUCGUAGCAAAAGUGAAUCAAUAGAAGGAUGCAACAUACACGGGCCAAGAAUCAUCGUUCGGAGCAUCAAGGCAAUUAAAAAGGGUGAGGAGGUGUGGGUUGCAUACAUAGACCUGUUGCAGCCUAAGGAAAUUAGACAUGCAGAGUUAUGGGUGAAGUAUUGGUUUUCCUGUUGCUGUAACCGUUGUAAUGCAUCGCCCCCUACUUAUGUGGAUCUUGUUUUGCAAGAAACUUUGGCUCAUAGUCUCAAUUACAUAGAUGAUAACAUGUGUAGAGAGGAGGAAAUCAGAAAGUUGACUGAUUAUGUAGAUGAUGCUAUAGCUGACUAUUUGUCAGUUGGCAACCCUGAAGCUUGCUGUGAGAAGCUUGAGAAUGUUAUUGCUCAAGGUCUUCCAGAUGAGCAGUUAGAACCAAUUGAGGGAAAAUCACAAGCAAAUUUCAAGUUGCACCCCCUGCACCAUCUCUCUUUGGCCGCCUACACAACACUGGCUUCUGCAUACAGAGUCCGUGCUAGUCAAUUACUGGAUCUGCAUUCUGAAAUGGACGGAGAUGAGCUGGAAGCCUUGAGCUUGAUCAAGACCAGUGCAGCAUACUCCUUGUUGCUUGCAGGUGCAACCCACCGUAUUUUCCUCUCUGACUCUUCUUUGAUCGCAUCAAUUGCAAACUUCUGGAUGAAUGCUGGGGAGUCCCUUUUAAGUCUUGCUAGAAGCUCACUAUUGAAUUCCUUUGUGAAAGGGAGGUUGCCUGUUCUAAAUCUUUCGUCUCUUCAGAGUCAUAAAUGCAAUGAGUGCUCACUAGCAGAUGAAUUCGAGGCCAAUUUUUUUGGGAGUCAAGCUCAUAAUGGAGGAUUGGAGAACAUAUCUAAGCAGUUCCUUAACUGUGUCUCAAGUAUUACACCAAAAGUUUGGAGUUUUCUGAUCCAGGGACACCAUCUUUGUAAAAAAUUUAAAGAUCCCAUUGAUUCCAACUGGCUGCAAAAGAUGGAAACUUCCAAGAUCUGGGGUUUUCAGGCUCAUUCAGGCUGCACUGCCAUGGAUUCUUCGAGUUGGGAUGAAGAAAGUACUGGUGGGUAUGAAGCACAGAGAGACACCAACCAAGAGAGGAAAAAUCUGUUUAAGCUUGGCAUCCAUUGCUUACUGUAUGGAGGGUUUUUAUCAAGCAUUUGCUAUGGUCCAAGUUCUUACUUGACUCGCUACAUCCGAAAUCUUGUAGAUGGUGAAGAGAGCCUCACUGGUAAUUCGUCUCAUGAAAUGGAUUGAUUGUGUGAGCAAGUCCCAGAUUUGAAUCAUUUGAUCCAACGAUCUCUUACAAUUAUUAAGGUAAGGACUUUUUUAUGCCUUAAAUCUCAAGUAGGUGAGUUUUAGAGGGCUCUUUUUCUGUUCAAGCUGUGUAGGAUAACUAAUCCCUUUCAGCAGUUUAAGAUAAUAAAAGAAAUUAUUCA